AUGACUGAUGACUGCAGCAGCUGCGGCCCUCCCACGUCAAGCCCACCCUUGCGUCAGCUGGUGGGCGCUGACGCAAGAAUAGCUAAAGCUAUUCUCCCCCCUGCUGCCGCGGCCUCUGUACCUCCUGCUUUUGAUGCUCCGUCUGCCGCGGCCUCUGUACCUCCUGCUUUUGAUGCUCCGUUUGCCGCGGCCUCUGUACCUCCUGCUUUUGAUGCUCCUACCGCGGCCUCUGUACCUCCUGCUUUUGAUGCUCCUUCUGCCGCGGCCUCUGUACCUCCUGCUUUUGAUGCUCCGUCUGCCGCAGCCUCUGUACCUCCUGCUUUUGAUGCUCCUGCCGCAGCCUCUGCACCUCCUGCUUUUGAUGCUCCGUCUGCCGCAGCCUUUGUACCUCCUGCUUUUGAUGCUCCUGCCGCAGCCUCUGUACCUCCUGCUUUUGAUGCUCCGUCUGCCGCGGCCUCUGUACCUCCUGCUUUUGAUGCUCCGUCUGCCGCAGCCUCUGUACCUCCUGCUUUUGAUGCUCCUGCCGCGGCCUCUGUACCUCCUGCUUUUGAUGCUCCUGCCGCAGCCUCUGUGCCUCCUGCUUUUGAUGCUCCUGCCGCGGCCUCUGUACCUCCUGCUUUUAAUGCUCCUACCGCGGCCUCUGUACCUCCUGCUUUUGAUGCUCCUUCUGCCACGGCCUCUGUACCUCCUGCUUUUGAUGCUCCGUCUGCCGCAGCCUCUGUACCUCCUGCUUUUGAUGCUCCUGCCGCGGCCUCUGUACCUCCUGCUUUUGAUGCUCCUGCCGCGGCCUCUGUACCUCCUGCUUUUGAUGCUCCUGCCGCGGCCUCUGUACCUCCUGCUUUUGAUGCUCCUGCCGCGGCCUCUGUACCUCCUGCUUUUGAUGCUCCUGCCGCGGCCUCUGCACCUCCUGCUUUUGAUGCUCCGUCUGCCGCGGCCUCUGUACCUCCUGCUUUUGAUGCUCCUGCCUCAGCCUCUGUUCCUCCUGCUUUUGAUGCUCCUGCCGCGGCCUCUGUACCUCCUGCUUUUGAUGCUCCUGCCGCAGCCUCUGUACCUCCUGCUUUUGAUGUUCCUGCCGCGGCCUCUGUACCUCCUGCUUUUGAUGCUCCUGCCUCAGCCUCUGUACCUCCUGCUUUUGAUGCUCCUGCCGCGGCCUCUGUACCUCCUGCUUUUGAUGCUCCUGCCGCGGCCUCUGUACCUCCUGCUUUUGAUGCUCCAGUAACGGCUGUUGAUUCUGCUGCUUUUUUAGUCCUGUGA